AUUCGAACGUUUCGACUUCCGAGUUUUUCAGUUCCUCACUCGGCGUUCGAUUUCUCUCACUAAACCCUACGUUUGCCCUCCGAAACUGCAGUUGCUGUGAGCGAGGCCGCCGGUCAGGCAAUGGGGACCGUAGGAGGCGGGAGCGGCGAGCCGAACACCCUUCUGCAACAAAAUCCUCUACAAGCGGAGGUUUUGAAGCUACGCAGACGAUGGGAACUAGCUUCCGUUGUGAAUUUCCUAGACGUUUUUGGGCCAGUAAUUGGUAAUGACCUAAGGCUGUCGGCUGAAGAAAUAGAGAUGGGGCUCAUAAAUCCCGAUGCCUCACUAGCCCGGCUCCAUGUUGUACUUCUAAAGGGAUUGCCACCUGUAAGUAAGAAACUGGAUGAAUCUGGUGCAUGGGUGACUGAACUGUGUAAGAAACUGACUGUGUGGUGGCCAUGGGUUGCUGAGGGGAAGAUUCCACUUGCGCCCUCCAAAGGAGAGGAGAUAUCCAAGUACAAAGAACUUGAUCCAUCGGAUCGGUUAUUACUCCUAAAAGCGCUAUGUGAAGUUAGAGCUGAUCAACACGAUGCAGUGUCACACAUAAAAGAUGCUUUGAAAGAAGGAACUCAGAUAUCUUCUUUCCGCAAAGAAGCAUUUUGGAGAGAUGGAAAGGAGACCUUCUAUUGGUAUGAUGCAAGUGCGAAAGGCCACAGACUGUACAAGGAAAUAAUCACGUUGAACUCAAAUACAGAGGUUAACGGCACCGAAUUCCGUCCACUUCCCACCAUCAGUUCUCAAUGGGAAACACUAGCUUCCAAUCUUGAAGAAUUUUCCAAAGUAGCGGAAGAAUUCUCAUCUAGCAAUACUGCAGCCGAAGUUGCUAUUGGCAAGAAAAUUCAGAGAGACUCUAUACCUACUCUUGAAAAAAUCCACAUGAAUAAACUAAGAUCACUGAAACGGAAACAAAGCAAACAGGCGCUCUUAAGUAGAACUAUCGACGUGAAGUGUGCAGUUUCUGAUCAAGUGGGAGUUCGCCGGAGCAAGAGGCUAGCCGGAAUGCGCAGCCAUACUGUGAUAGAAAGCAGAGGCCUCACAACAAAUAUACUGAGACAGAGACCCAUCCGCAAUUCUGCACUUCCAGCUAUUGUUCUUGAUUCAGACGAUGAAGAGCAUGACGUGGAGAGCAGUCCACGCCCUGGCCUUCCGUCCAUUGACAGUUUUUGAAGAAUGCAAGUGCAUCAGCAGUAUAGAGUUUAGACUUAUUUUUUGGCGAUCUAGUGUUGCUCUGCUACUUGGGGGUUUAUGAAUAUGUAACAGCUUUUUUUGUACAUGUGGAUCCACGAAGGCACGAACUGAUGCAUUUUUGUGAGGUGGGAUCGGAGAACUUCUUUUUGUAAUGCCUGGGAAUAUGUAGAUAGAUCGUUUAGUUAAUGCAUUCUGUUAGUUUCUACUGUGUUCGAGCUUUUUGUAAGGUUCAGCCUAUCAAUAGUUAUUAUAAGAACGUAUUCAUGAUGGUGAAA